CUGAAUUUGUGCAGUAUAGUUUUUAAGGAUUUUUAAGCAUUUCUCACCCACGCAAAUGGCUUGUAUUGUCAUCAAAGAGGAGCUGACAUGCUCCAGCAUCACUUGUCGUCUCUGUCUCAUUCAGAACUCAACAUAUUAUGAGGUUUUUAGGGAUGAUCAUGAUCACCCAGAAAUUGCGGAUAUUCUGAGAAACUUGAUGGGAGUCACCAUCUCACCCAUGGACAACUGGCCAAAGAGUGUAUGCACAGCGUGUGUGGAGUUGGUCAAUGAAUUUCGGACGCUUCUCAUAAAAGCCAAGCAGAAUGAAGCUCGCUUGGCUGAGGUUUUCGGCGAGUAUCAGUUGCGAGAAGAGAAUCCUGAGGAUUUCAGACAAAAUGUGAAGCUGGAAACCAGUGAGGAGUCUAUAAAGGAAGAGGAGAGUGACGUGGACAGUGAAUGUGCGUCUUUGGGACAUGCUGACAUUAAGGAGGAAAAAGAAACCGUCCAGGAUGAGUCCAGAAAACGAGUAGGACGUCCGAGCGGCAAGAAAGUGGCAAAGAGAAGAGGCAGGAAGCAGAAAGAAGCUUCCCCGGAUCCACCGGAUGAUGAUAAUGAUGAUGAUGAUGAUGAGGAAGAUAGCACUGGGGGCUUUGAUGUGCUUCCGUCGUUGCCAUCAAUGACUGUGGCGGAAUUUGAGGAGUUGAGCCAGCGAAAGAAGGAAGAAAAGCGCCUGAGAGAUGAGAAAAUCGAUGCUGAGAUUCAUUCAUUCUUCAAGAUGGAGUGUGAACUGUGCCAGAUCAAGUUUCCGCGCUUCGGCGAUGUUCAGGUUCACUUCCGGGCGGUGCACAAGUGUCGAGGAUAUGUUGUGUGCUGCGGGAAGAAGCUCAACCGGCCGAUGAAGCUGCACGAGCACAUGAACGAUCAUGUCAAUCCGACGAUGCACAAGUGCACAGUUUGCUUAAAGAACUACAAGACGCAGUAUGGAUUGCAGGUUCACAAGAAGCUGCGCCACACGCCCCCGGAACUCAGGGAGUUUAGGUGCGAUCAGUGUCCGCAGAGCUUCGUGCAGAUGUCUCGCUUGAAGGCGCACAUGAUCACACACAUGGCGCCGAAGGACAAGAAGCAUGUGUGUCAGACGUGUGGCAGAGCAUUUGCUCUUGCCUCAAUUCUCGUGCAGCAUGUGCGUCGCGUGCAUGAGAACUCGUGCGUGUCGGUGUGUGAAGUGUGUGCGAAGAUCUUCCGCUGCAAGAAUCUCUUCAAGCAGCACGUGGCGGAGCACACGAGCCAGCAAGAGCCACUCGUGCCGUGCACAGUGUGCGGGAAGAUGUUCAAGCACAGGAUCGCCAUGAGGAAGCAUAUGCAGAGGCACAACACGACAGGACCGCUCGAGUGUCCAAUUUGCCAGCGCAUGGCGCCGAACAAGCCCGCCCUGACGGAGCACAUCAAGUACAAGCACAAGGCGCAGAGGAUUCACAAGUGCACCCUCUGCGAGCGCUCCUUCAAGACGGCACUCUCAUUGAAGGAGCACAUGGCGUCGCACACUGGCCAGGUGCUCUACUCCUGCCUGUUCUGUCCCAAGCAGUUCAACAGCAACGCCAACUACUUCCGCCACAACAAGAUGUCGCAUCCGCUCGAGUGGGAGGCCGAGAAGGAGAAGAAACGCGCCGAAAGAGCGUCGUGAGAGUCACACGCGGAGAGUCAUCACGAUCAUCUGAUCGUAGUGCAGAAUUAUCACCAAAUUCGCUCACAAUGAAACAGUAAAAUUAAAACUUUUUUAGGCAA